UUCCCGGAAGAUGACUCCGCUGUGCUGUGCUCGAUUCGUCGUGCCUGAGAAGCUCGGCGCUCUGUCUUCGGCGUUUGACCUGACAUGGCGGCGUAGUUUGAAGAGGUGGACUGUUUUGGCAUGUCCGUGCUUCGCCUCAGUGCCCUGACUCGCAGGAUCCCCGAGUCUGUGUGGUGGGGUCACUCGGGCUUGCGGACAGAAGUACCUGGGCUCCGUUUUCGUAGACUUUAUUCUGCAGCCAUCCUCAGGACCGAAAGAGAGAAGAGAAAACUCGUGGAACAGGCCCAGCUGGUGGACGUUCUUGAAGCCCGGAUCCAACAGCUUCGCACAGAUGAUUUCCUGGACAGAAAGAACUCUGAAGUACAUGUUGUGAAUGUUUCACGUGUAAUCAGUAAAAUCCGCCCUCCCUGGAAUUCUCAUAUGCCUCCCAGGGAAAGGCCACCACAUUCAGAGGUCCAACAGUUGAGCCAAGCCCAGGCACAUGGUAGUCGCUGGAUAGAGAAGCUAAAGCAAGAGACGUGGAAGAGGAGUAAGCGACAGCAACACCUUCAGCAGAAGUUUAAAGACAACACUUCUAAAGGAGAAAAAAGUGCAAUACAGAAAGGCAAAAUUGGCACAAUUAACACAGCAGUGUCAGAAAAUGAUGAUUCGGUUUCCAAUGCUGCUUGCCAGCUUGAUCUGGGUGAAGACCUAGUUAUUAACAUCUAUGUGGAAAACCUUCUGAGAGAGGUAGAGGAACAGGGAACUAGUUGGGACUCAUUAAUAUCUUCUGAGAAUGUGGUGGAAGAUCAGGAGGGCAUCAGGCAAGGGAGUGUUCAUCUGAACAUCCGUGCCUACCUGGAAGCUUGCCUUUUCAAUGAUGACCUCGAUCAAGGUCAAAAGUGUCUACACUACUUCCAUCGCAAAGUGUCCCGUCGCAAACACCUCACCAUCGACCUGUAUAAUGUUAUGAUGCGUGCCUGGGCCAAAAAGGGUGCACUGAAACCGGUUGGCAAGCUUUUUAUUCUGGUGGAAGAGGCAGGCCACAAGCCCAACCUUCAAUCGUAUGCAGCAGCACUGGAGUGCAUAGGCCGCAGUCCUGGUUGCUCAGAGAGAAUGGUCCGCAGGUGUCUGCAGCAGUUACAGGAAGAUGACUUCACACUGCACCAGCUAUUUGAGUCCUGCAUGUUUCAGGAUGGUGAGCAGGAAAUGGUCCUAAAGGCUGUUCACAUGGUUGUGCCAGAUUUUCAGCCCCCUGCCCUUCAAGAGUUUAAAAUUUCUUCCUGUCCUUUGGUUCAGGACUUGUACACCAAGCGAGACUCUGUGACGUACCCCAAGCUUGAUUUCACCUUAGAGGAGCUCAGAAACCGUUUUAGACAACAGGUGGUUAAAGAACAAAGCGGGACGAUCACCAUUGAGUCUGUGGAAGCAUCAAAACCUCUGCUGGCCCAUACAAUUAAAAUGCGAGGGAUACUGCAGGAUCUGCGUGCACACUGGCGCAAGUGCCUUCUCGAAGCAUUACGUGAACGCAAGUCCCAGCUUGCCAGCAGUAGAGAUAAAAUAUGGAGAAUGAACUUGUACCCAUACCUGUGCCUAUUGGAGGAUGACGAAUAUGUGGAUGCCAUGCUGCAGUGUAUUGCCAGCCUCCCGCCCAUUGGAGAGUCCUUGGUUAUUGUAGCAAAGGAGUUAGGAUCAAAAAUUUACAACAAGUAUUCUAUUCAAAAGAAAGUGAAGAUUGGAAUGAGAGAGAAGAUGGGUGACAUCUACACCAGAUAUGCCAAACUCUUGGCCAAGGACACUAAACCUGCAUUGCUCCUUCCAAGAGAAAAGUGGUUGCUGCUUGAGGCAGAACAGAGAUGUGGCCUUUCAGCAUUAAGUGAAGACAUGCCCUGGCCAGAUAACCUUGUGAUCCAGCUUGGGAUGCAACUGGUUGACUUGAUGGUUCAAGAACUCAAGCUUCAAACUAACAUCCUCAAUCCUGAACAGGAGGAGAAACUUAUUUCUGUGCUGUAUCACAUGUACACCUUCCGCAGCAACCGGCAGGUUGGAUUCAUUAAGCCCCAUCCCAUCUUUACAGAUAUUUUACAAAGGGCCAUGGAAACUACAUUGACCUUUGACUCGCAUGUGAUGCCAAUGUUGUGUCCACCAGUACCAUGGACUUCGUCAAAGUUUGGUGCCUAUGUCCUGGUCCCUAGUAAGCUGAUGCGGUGCUUGGAGGGAGCUGUACAGCACCAACUCUUACUGGAGAAAUGUCCGAGUGAAGAUCUCCAACCAGUUCUGGACUCUCUAAAUCAGCUAGGCAACUGUGCCUGGAAGAUCAAUCAACCUGUGCUAGACAUUAUCAUCUCAAUCUUCAAUGACAAAGGGAAUGAUAGUCUGAAUAUUCCUCCACCAAUCUCGGAAGCGUCUGAAAUGCCCCAAUUUCAGCUAAGGGACGGGGCCUGCUCCCAGUUGGAGAAGGCUGCCUUCAAGCGAGAGCUCUCCAAGUAUAAAAAGAAAAUGGCUGAAAUGCAGAGUCUACGGAUGGAUGCCCUAUAUAAACUGUCCAUUGCCAAUUGUAUGCGGGAUGAGAUCUUCUGGUUUCCUCACAACAUGGACUUCAGGGGGCGCACCUAUCCUUGCCCACCAUAUUUUAAUCAUUUGGGAAGUGACCUUACUCGGGCUAUCUUGCUCUUUGCUGAAGGAAGGCCACUGGGAGAGCAUGGCUUGAACUGGCUAAAAAUUCACCUGGUCAACCUCACAGGCUUAAAGAAGCGAAACUCUCUGCCAGAGAGGCUGGCAUAUGCCAAUGAGAUUCUGGAAGACAUUUUGGAUUCAGCAGACAACCCUCUAGAUGGUAAGAAAUGGUGGAUGGCUGCAGAUGAACCCUGGCAAGUACUGGCAUGUUGCAUGGAAAUUGCCAGUGCCAUCCGCUCACCUGAUCACAGAAAGUACAUCUCCCACUUCCCAGUGCAUCAGGAUGGUUCUUGCAAUGGACUCCAGCACUAUGCUGCUCUGGGACGUGACAUUAUUGGUGCCACAUCUGUGAACUUGAUGCCCUGUGAUGUGCCGCAGGAUGUGUACAGCGGUGUUGCACAGCAGGUCGAGGAGUUUCGCAGACUCGAUGCCAUGAAUGGUGUAAAGAUUGCCCAGGUGCUGGAAGGCUUUAUUAGCAGGAAGGUGGUAAAGCAGACAGUCAUGACGGUGGUCUAUGGUGUCACUCGGUAUGGGGGCCGCCUGCAGAUUGAGAAAAGGCUAAAAGAGAUUGAUGAGUUCCCCAAGGAGUAUGUAUGGGAUGCCUCACACUACUUGGUACAUCAGGUGUUUAACAGCCUGAAAGAGAUGUUCACAGGGACCAGAGAAAUCCAGGACUGGCUGACAGAGAGUGCCCGCUUGAUUGCCAAGUUGGGCAGCACAGUGCAGUGGGUGACACCCCUGGGUUUACCGAUAGUGCAGCCGUACCAUCGUACGAAGAGCUUGGUGGUCAAGGGCAACAUCCAGUCACUGAACCUGCAAGUUGGCCAUGAUGUCACUCAGCUACCAGACACGGUCAAGCAGAAGAAUGCAUUCCCACCAAAUUUCAUUCACUCUUUAGACUCGACCCAUAUGAUGCUGACCGCCCUCCACUGCCACAGUGCCGGCCUGACGUUUGUCUCGGUACAUGACUGCUUCUGGACACAUGCAGUGACAGUGGACAUCAUGAAUAGGAUUUGCCGAGAGCAGUUUGUGGCUCUUCACAGCCAGCCGAUCUUGGAGGACUUGUCUAAAUUCCUGUUGGAAAAAUACAGCCGGAGAGUUCCUGAUCGUAAGAGUAAAAAGUUUAUGGAGUACAAAAGGCUGUUAAAGUUGCUUUUCCGAGUUCCACAAACAGGUGACUUUGAUCUGCAGAAGGUGAAGGACUCCAAGUAUUUCUUCAGCUGAGACUACACUUCUUGCCUGGAGGUGAUUCUCAAGCAGCAGCACUGUUGGUGCUUUUUGGAUGUGGACACGCCAAGGGGCUUUCCAGCCCUGAUGUGGCACACUAAAUGCUCAAAGACACAGAAGUCCUCUGUUUGAGAUUCUCACAAGAUGGAACUCCUGUUACAGAGCUUCUGCGGUCCUCAGAAAUUCAGAAGAUGGUCUCGCGGUUCUUCAAGACCAAAUAAUCACUGAUGGCACUUUAUGGUUCUGGACAGUAAACUAAGGUGGGACCAUCUGGUCUCCUCAGGGGCAGCAGCACCAGCUUGUGUUCGUUCUUGAGUUUGUGCUGCUGUUUGGUGAUUCAGCCAGAAACUGCAAACAUCUGUCCUUUUGAUUGUUCAGGUGUAAUUUGGUGAAUUAAAUAAUAAU